CUAUAUUUUAUAUUUAAUUGAAGGUGACCAAUGUUUUAGUUGGACCUCCAUUUACUCUCUUUCUCCUCCUUCCUCUCGUCUUCCUCUCCAUAAUAUCAUUCCUGUUUUCCUCUUCUUUCAAUUUCUUUUCCCUUUUUCUUUCAGAUCUACUCUCCAUUGCAUGUUUUUUCUAUUUUCUUCGCAAAUCCUUUAAAUUGCAACGUUUUUUUCCCAGUUUAUUGAAGAAAUAAAUAUCAAAACAUUUGUGGAUGACAAUUGACAAAAGAGUUAAAACUUAUUGAAGAAAAAGUUAUCAAAACACUUGUAGAUGACGAAUGCUUUAUCUGAGUGUGACAUUGUGAUUGUUUGAUGGGCAAUACAUGCCGUGGAUCUAUAGGAGGAAAAACAUUUACGGGCUAUAAUCAGCCCGAAGAUAGUUUAAACUCCAAUCUCAACCCUUCAUCUGGCAAUUCAUAUUCUUCAUCAGACAAUUAUUCUCCCAAAAAGGAAACUUCACUUUCCCUUGUUAGUCCUAGAAAAGCCAGUAUGAAUCGUUCAGGAAGUAAUCAGGCUUAUUAUGUAAUGGGACAUAAGACCCCUAACAUUCGUGAUCUUUACACUUUGGGACGUAAGUUAGGACAAGGACAGUUUGGUACCACUUAUUUAUGCACUGAGAAUUCUACAGGUGCUGAGUACGCUUGUAAAUCUAUUUCGAAGAGAAAGUUGAUUUCAAAAGAGGAUGUUGAGGAUGUUAGAAGGGAAAUUCAGAUAAUGCAUCAUUUGUCUGGUCAUAAGAAUAUUGUUACCAUUAAGGGAGCUUAUGAGGAUCCUUUAUAUGUUCAUAUUGUUAUGGAGAUAUGUAGUGGUGGUGAAUUGUUUGAUCGUAUUAUUCAACGAGGUCAUUAUAGUGAGAGAAAGGCAGCUGAAUUGACUAAAAUUAUUGUUGGGGUUGUUGAGGCGUGUCAUUCACUUGGCGUUAUGCAUAGAGAUUUAAAACCUGAGAAUUUCCUGUUGGUUAAUAAGGAUGAUGAUUUCUCUCUUAAGGCCAUCGAUUUUGGACUCUCUGUUUUCUUUAAGCCAGGCCAAAUAUUCACAGAUGUUGUUGGUAGUCCAUAUUAUGUCGCUCCUGAGGUGCUUUUGAAGCAUUAUGGUCCCCAAGCAGAUGUGUGGACAGCAGGAGUCAUACUCUACAUACUGCUAAGUGGUGUGCCACCAUUUUGGGCAGAAACGCAGCAGGGCAUAUUUGAUGCAGUUCUGAAAGGGCACAUUGAUUUUGACUCAGACCCUUGGCCGUUGAUAUCUGAGAGUGCAAAAGAUCUUAUCCGGAAGAUGUUGUGCAUGCAGCCCUCAGAGCGGUUAACUGCUCAUGAAGUAUUGUGCCAUCCUUGGAUCUGCGAAAAUGGUGUCGCUCCUGAUAGAGCACUGGAUCCUGCAGUACUUUCUCGCCUAAAACAGUUCUCUGCUAUGAACAAGUUAAAAAAGAUGGCUUUGCGGGUGAUUGCUGAAAGCUUGUCUGAAGAAGAGAUUGCUGGUCUGAGAGAGAUGUUUAAGGCCAUGGAUACUGAUAGUAGUGGUGCAAUUACAUUUGAUGAACUAAAAGCAGGGUUGAGAAAAUAUGGCUCUACGUUAAAGGAUACGGAGAUACGGGAACUUAUGGAUGCAGCUGAUGUGGACAAUAGUGGAACUAUUGACUAUGGAGAAUUCAUUGCGGCAACCGUUCAUCUUAAUAAAUUGGAGCGCGAGGAACAUCUCAUGGCAGCAUUUCAAUAUUUUGACAAAGAUGGAAGUGGUUAUAUAACGGUUGAUGAGGUCCAGCAAGCUUGUGUAGAGCAUAACAUGACAGAUGUUUACUUUGAGGAUAUUAUAAGAGAAGUCGAUCAGGAUAAUGAUGGACGAAUUGAUUAUGGAGAAUUUGUUGCUAUGAUGCAAAAAGGAAAUCCAUGUGUAGGGAGACGAACAAUGCGAAAUAGUCUAAAUUUGAGCAUGAGAGAUGCACCGGGAGCUCAUUAGCUUCUCAGACGGACACAUCUCUAGUAGGUUGUACAGAAAAGAGACCAGAGGCCAUAAACUUUCAUGAUAACAUGGUGACUCCUACCUAAUUCUGACAGUAACAUCCUGUACCUUCGAGUAUGCGUAGAAGAGGAUGAGUGAAAGACCUGUCGGACUGCUAUAUUCUUCGAGCAUUCCACGAAUUGUUGUGAGCUCUAUAUAUAGUCCUUAGUGUUGAAAAUGUUCCCACUAAUGUCUUCAAAUUAGUUGUGUUCUUUAGUUGAGGCUUCAUUCUUGUUUCAAAUUGUUAAAUUAGGUUGUUUAUCUUAUCAUGUCUUAUUCCGUGAAUGAUUUUUGCCUUUGUACUCGUGUAAUUGAUGAUAUUUAUUUUGAUGCUUGUUUAUAGUGAUGCUGGUAUCCAUA